AUGACAAUAUUGUUGAGUGGGUGUAGAAGUGUCCUUAUUACAGCGGCAUUGGUGUGUUUAUUGCUUGGCACCACGAAUGGCUGUUACGACUGCGACUGGGAUUUUCUUACUGAAGAAUUGUUCCCAACACUGUGUCCUAUACUUAGUAGCACAACUACUUUUUUAAAGGAUUUAUUCUCUUUGGAUACUAAAGCCAUUGGCAUUACAGCCACAGCUACCGCAGAAAAUGAAGAUUUUAUACCACCAAGCCUCGUCGCGGAGUGUCUCAAGCGAGGCCGUGACCUCAGCAAGUCGGCUUCCACUCGCGGCAACCAGCUGGUGAGGAGUGGCGCCUCGUUGGACCCGUAUCCGCUGUCUUUGUCUAACUUCUUCUAUGCCCCUCUCCCUCCCGACUUGAAGAAAUCGGCACAGGCAUCACACGAGAUGCUGGCUGCCACGAAACUGCUGCAAAUGAAGAUAUGUUCCAGUUCUGACGUGACUCCUAAUACUUUCAUGGCGUUCCUCGAGCACCAAGUGAUCAAGGCUGACGUCGGGUCCUGCAAGCCGCUCAGCAUCAGGUGCGCGAAGGACAAGUUCCGCAGCCUCGACGGCACCUGUAAUAACCUGCAGAAGCCGGGCUGGGGCAGGAGAGGGGCGCCUUUCACUAGGAUAGCGCCACCACGGUAUGCUGACGGAAUCUACUCAAUGCCGGUAGCUGAGAGCGGUCGUCCGCUGCCCAACCCUCGGGUCCUGUCGACGCGGCUGUUCACAGACGCGGCUAUCUCCAGCCGCUCGCUCAACUACCUCAACAUGCAGUGGGGCCAGUUCAUCACUCACGACCUGAUGCAACGUUUGACUGAAGUCACCGAUGAGGGAGGCAUACAAUGCUGCCUCGGAGAAGGCGGGGAUGUUCUGCCUCCAGAAUGGCAGAACGACAAGUGUAUCCCCAUCAGGGUGCCCGACGAAGACCACUUUUACCGGUUGCAUGGUGUCAGGUGCCUCAACCUGGUGAGGAGCGUCACCACGCCCAGGGAUGAUUGUAGCUUGGGAUAUGCUGAACAGAUAAACGCAGCUUCAAGUUACUUGGACGGCUCUCAGAUCUACAGCCCUGAUAAGAAACAAACGUCAAAGCUGAGGAGCAGGAAGAGAGGUCGUCUUCGUGAGGAAUAUAAGACCCAGGCCAAGAGAGGCUAUCUACCAACUGUUUCUGAUAAAUUGGCGUACUGCGAUUUGCGGAACAUUUCGGAACCAUGCUACUUCGCUGGUGACGGCAGGAUAAACCAAACUCCCACUCUGGCGAUGUUACACACCUUACUUCUGCGGGAACAUAACCGGGUGGCGGACAUCCUUGAUCGAAUGAACCCCACUUGGAGUGACGAGAGAAUCUUCCAGGAGGCGAGAAGGAUCGUGAUAGCUGAGCUGCAGCAUAUCACGUACCAAGAGUGGCUACCUUUGAAUUUCGGUGAGAGUUACUUCCGGUACUACCGCAUCUCGCCGACGUCGCUGUACAGCCACGACUACAGCGCGGAGGUCAACGCUGCCGUCAUCAAUAGCUUCGCGGCCGCCGCCUUCCGAUACCUGCACACGCUUGUGCCAGACACUAUCAUGACCUGCCCUGCUAACUAUUACGGCGCUUACUUGUAUAAGAUAAGCGACCACUAUCAAAAUCCUAGUCUCCUUGAAACAUCGUCGGAAUCCUUCGACGACAUAGUGCGCGGCGCGAUCGCUCACAUCAGCUCCGAGGCUGAUCCACACUGCAGCUCCCACGUCACCAAUCUGAUGUUCAAGUCUCAUAGACAGUGGGGGCUUGAUCUUAUUGCAAUGGAUAUACAGAGGAGCAGAGACCACGGCAUCGCCUCAUAUAACCACUUCAGAGAAAUAUGCGGUCUGCGGAGAGCAAAAUCUUUCCAAGAUUUGAGCGGAGAAAUAACACAGGACCGCAUCUACGCAUUAUCCCAAUUAUACGAGUCCGUGGAGGAUAUAGAUCUAUUCGUGGGCGGGGCGAUGGAGCGCGCGGUGCACGGUUCCAUUCUCGGCCACACGUUCCAGUGCAUUGUGGCGGAACAGUUCUAUAGGACGAGAGUGGGAGACAGGUUCUUCUACGAUAAUGGGGAGAUGCCGCACUCGUUUACCACUGAGCAACUUCGCCAGUUAAAAAAGGCUUCCAUGGCGCGUCUCAUUUGUGAUAAUACAGACGUGCGUUACGUGCAAAGGAACGCGUUUGAGCGGGAAAGCUUAGAAAACCCCAAAGUUCAUUGCGACAACUACGCGACGGUGGAAACACAGAAAGAGAUUAGAAGUGCCUUGUGGGCGGGGCAGGCGCAUCACAGUUGUGUGAGCAAAUGCUCAAAACUUGACCAAAACUUCGUUCCGAUUGCGUCGUUGCUUUCGGGACAGCCUAUUAAUGUCCCCACUGCUGGGGCUCAGGCCUUCCCUAAGGAUGAAAUAGGCAGAUUGGGUCAUAACCCACCACGCGGGCCCAGUGCUAAUUGACGGAUGCUAAUGACUGCAGGUGCCUUCCGAAGCACGAAGGAACUCGAGAUAGAAGAUUUUUGGUCACCCAUCCAAUGACUGACCACUGCGAAAGUUGCUUAACUUCAACGAUCGCAGCCGAACGCGCUAGCCACUCGCGCCAUCGAGCUCCUCAACAUCUAUCUGUCAUAAAUAAUAGACGUUUACAUUAA